UUUUAUAGACGUUAAUAUAAAGGUUAUUAUGUAGUUGCAGAAAGCCAGGUACAGGAUUUGACACCUACCGUCGCGGGGGUAGCUAGUUUCUUGGUCAUAUUCGUCAUAGCCGUCAUCGUGCUAGUGAUUGUUCUGGCAAGAAAAUCAAGAAAGAAAAAGGCAGAUGAAAUAGAGUUACCAGACAGGAAAGAAACGCCUAAAAGCGAUUUGCUAAAAUGUAAACCUGAAGACAAAGAAAACAAAACUGAGAACGGUGGGCCUAUGGAAGAAAACGCUGAGAUUGAGUAUAUUGUCACAGACAACGAUCAAAAGAAAACACUCAUCAAGAUAGCUGAUCUUGGAAAUAUCAUCAAAAUAUUCUCGAUGGAAGAAAAUAAGAAAUUCACAGAGGAAUUUAAGGGAAUACCGUACGGAGAACAGCAACACAUUCCUUGUUCCGUGGCUAAACUACAACAAAAUAUGCCGAAAAACAGAUACAAAACUACUUUUCCAUAUGACCAUUCCCGUGUGGUGUUGAAUGUGUCCCCAGAUAAUGACUACAUCAAUGCAAAUUAUAUUAAGGAUGUAGAAGGAAAACGAAGAUAUAUUGCCACACAAGGUAACUCUUUCUGGUUGAAAUGAAAAUGCCAGAAGAACUUUACUUCAUUUAUUAACUGAUUUACA